AGAAAACGACCCCGCUUCCGUUGGAGAAUGGAAAUUGGCAAAGAAAGAGAGAAGGUCCAAUUUGCGCCUUUGCUAUUUUAAGGGAGGUUGAAAUUAUGAGCCAAAGUGGAGUGACGCGCUCACUGGAGUGACCUCCGUUCCCCCAAGACAGGAAAAGUCAGGUCCUCUGCUUGGGAAGUGGCUCGAGCUCUUCUUAGGCGUGGAGCAUUAUUACAUAAAUUCAGGCUCGCUCCUGAGCCUUAGUACCCUGAGUUGCCUGAAGGGGGGAAUGGCACUGCCUGCGUGUGCAGCCCCGGCGCUCCGGCCGCCACUGCAACCGGAGCGUGGAGCGCCCGCCCGCACCACCUGUCCCCGCCGGCAUUCCAGAGUAGAGGCCGAAUUGGCAGCGAGCCGGCCCGGAUCAGUCGCCGCCUCAGUCCGCGCGGGCCCUCCUAGGGGUGUGUCUCGCGGAUUCAACUCCCAGCAGCUUCUGGACGAGCCCCUAAAGGCGUCUUCCUCCCUGGCGGGAGCCGUGCGCGCCCCACUCUUCGCGCUGCUGCCCCGAGGCCGCCGCAGGCGGAUGCGCGACCUCAGGAGACGCUGGGACCUGGGAUCCCUCUGCCGGGCCCUGCUCACUCGGGGCCUGGCCGCCCUGGGCCACUCGCUGAAGCACGUGCUCGGUGCGAUCUUCUCCAAGAUUUUCGGACCCCUAGCCAGCGUCGGGAACAUGGAUGAGAAAUCCAACAAGCUGCUGCUGGCUUUGGUGAUGCUCUUCCUAUUUGCUGUGAUCGUCCUUCAAUACGUGUGCCCCGGCACAGAAUGCCAGCUCCUCCGCCUGCAGGCGUUCAGCUCCCCGAUGCCGGACCCAUACCGCUCGGAGGAUGAGAGCUCCGCCAGGUUCUUGCCCCAUUACAAUUUCAGCCGCAGCGACCUCCUGCGCAAGGUAGACUUCGACAUCAAGGGUGAUGACCUGAUCGUGUUCCUGCACAUCCAGAAGACCGGAGGCACCACUUUUGGCCGCCACCUGGUGCGCAACAUCCAGCUGGAGCAGCCGUGCGAAUGCCGCGUGGGUCAGAAGAAAUGCACUUGCCACCGGCCGGGUAAGCGAGAGACCUGGCUCUUCUCCAGGUUCUCCACGGGCUGGAGCUGCGGGCUACACGCCGACUGGACCGAGCUUACGAGCUGCGUGCCGGCUGUGGUGGACGGCAAGCGCGACGCCAGGCUGAGACCGUCCAGGUGGAGGAUUUUUCAGAUUUUAGAUGCGGCAAGUAAGGAUAGACGGGGUUCUCCAAACACUAAUCCAGAUGCCAACUCUCCAUCAUCCAAAAAGGCCCGGAAUACAUCUACGAGUGGGAAGAACUUCCACUACAUCACCAUCCUCCGAGACCCAGUAUCCCGGUACUUGAGUGAGUGGAGGCAUGUCCAGAGAGGGGCAACAUGGAAAGCAUCACUGCAUGUCUGCGAUGGAAGGCCCCCAACCUCGGAAGAGCUGCCCAGCUGCUACACUGGUGAUGACUGGUCUGGCUGUCCCCUGAAAGAGUUCAUGGACUGUCCCUAUAAUCUAGCCAACAACCGCCAGGUGCGCAUGCUCUCUGACCUGACCCUAGUAGGCUGUUACAACCUCUCUGUCAUGCCUGAAAAGCAGAGAAACAAGGUCCUCCUAGAAAGUGCCAAAUCGAACCUGAAGCACAUGGCAUUCUUCGGCCUCACUGAGUAUCAGCGGAAGACCCAGUAUCUGUUUGAAAAAACCUUCAACAUGAACUUUAUUUCACCAUUUACCCAAUAUAAUACCACUAGGGCCUCUAGUGUAGAGAUCAAUGAGGAAAUCCAAAAGCGUAUUGAGGGACUGAAUUUUCUGGAUAUGGAAUUGUACAGCUAUGCCAAAGACCUCUUUCUGCAGAGGUAUCAGUUUAUGAGGCAGAAGGACCAUCAGGAAGCUAGGCGGAAGCGUCAGGAACAACGCAAAUUUCUGAAGGGAAGGAUCCUUCAGACCCAUUUCCAGAACCAGUUUCAGGGCCAGAGCCAGAAUCCAAGUCAAAAUCAGAGUCAGAAUCCAAAUCUGAAUGCAAAUCAGAAUGUGACUCAGAAUCUGAUUCCAAAUCUGAUUCAGAACUUGACUCAGAGUUCGAGUCAGAAUUUGAGCCAGAAAGAGAACCAGGGAAGCCAGAAGCAGAACCCAGGCCAAGAACAGAGCGAUAGCAACACCAGCAAUGGCACCAAUGACUACAUAGGCAGUGUAGAGAAAUGGCGUUAAACGGCUCCCAAAGGCUUUUGCACACUUCUCCCAAAGCGUCAGUUAAAAUAUGGCAAAUCUUAAAAGAUGAGUGUAUCCAAACACAUCCUGCUUCCUUAAGUGUGGAAGUUAAAAAAAAGUUAAGAUGUUGCCUUUACAGUUGCCUUCCAAUUAAAUGUUAUAAUGUGCGUGGGUAAAACACAUUUCAGUAUGUAAUUAAAUUGUCUUUUUUGGUUUGUUGGAGUAUUUAUAAAUCCAAACCAGACUCACCAGAAAUUGCUGUUUAGAUAUUUUAAGAAGUUCUUAAAUUACAGAGACAAAUGAAAACAAAAUGUGGCCAUUUAAGUUAUGGCUAAGAAAUGGACUUCAAAUUAUUUAUGAUACACUAUUAAAACUCAACCUUGGAAGCAAACAUUUUGUUUCCCCCAGGGGUAAGCAUGAAUAUAAACAUAAAACAUCUAAAAUUAAACACAAAACCUUUAUUUUCUUCUGAUUUUAACAAGGAAUCUAUUUAAAUGGAAUAAGAAGUAAUGGUAAAUUUUACUGAACUGUAGAAACUGAAAAAUUUCUCUCCCAAACAUGGCAAGUUUUAUGUAAAAAUACUGGCUUUUCAAGUAGAACAGGACUCAUAUCUUGUUAUUGAAGAGAUGUUUAAAAUUUUAAACUUUUUCUACCUUCUACUGUUCAAAGGUUUUAAACAGGGUGUAUCUCAUGUUAACAAAACACUUUUUUUCCGACUGGAAUACCAAUGUAAAGAUUUAAUUUCCAGACGCUUCCUGGGCACUGUAAUUUCAACAAUUCUGGAUCUUUUUGGCGCUGCUUCUCAUUCAUUUUAAGGCUUCUCUGAGUUGUGCUCAUUCCAAACUAACCCAUUUAUAGACUCUUUCUUCGUCAUCUAAAUGGUGUGUUGCUGAAUUUAUUGUGAUAUAUAAUCCUGGAUUAAAGUCAGGACUUUCUAUAGAAUUGUCUUAUCAAUGUUUGUGUAGUGAGGUCCUUAUCAAGAAACUCUUGAACAGGAUGAUGUGUCUAAAAAUAUUGCUGAAGUUAUUCUUGAUCAGAUAGAAUUGAACCCGAAUGUGAAUAAACUUGUUAUUUACUUUUUGUAUAUUUUUAUUGUAAUGUUUCCAGUUGGGCUGACUAUUUCUAGCCCAUUAGUUCUUUUUCAUGUUGACAAAUUGUAGACAAUUACAAGAGAAAAACAAUGGUAGAAUAAACAUUAAGAAAGCCAGAGUUAUUCAGUAACACCAAAAGCUGUAUCUCAAUACUUUGGUUAACCCUCUACCAGGUUUUGUUUUAAGAAAGAACAAAAGGAAACUGUUCUGCAGUGAGGUUAAGUAUCAGCCUAGCAAUUGAGGAAAUUGAUUUAGUAUUGUAAGUCAAUACAUAAAUACUUUUAAGGUAUCAAUUAUGAAUUGAGCAGGGCAAAAAACAUGUAUGUAACCCACUGUGCUAUGAAACAUCAUGGUCCCAUAAAGUUUCCAUUUUACAGGUUUGCUGUACUUUUAUAAGAACUUACACUACCCUCCUGGCUGUUGAUCAAACGAGGCAACUGAAUGUGGCAUUUGUUUUCAGGAAGGUCAUGCUUAGAAGUGUGACCAUAAAGUCACAUCGUGUACAAUCUGCUUAUUUGCAUGAUCUAGUUUCACCUGUAAUAAUAUGGCCACAAGCUGGAAACGAACUUAUUUGGGUUUAAAAAUAAAUGUUCUUGACCCUGAGCUUGUAUUGUUAUAUCUAAAUUUUGCUUUGUCUGCCAGUAGCAGUCCUGGGAAUUCUGAGAACUGAAAAACUGAAAGGAAUUUUAAAAAAAUCAAACACUCCUUGAAGUCAAAGUGUUUUAGAGCGAAGCUAUUUUGUAUACAUUGUGUUUUUAAAAUGCAAAUUCUGUAGAUCACUGUGGUAUUUCAAUUUCGUUUUGUUUUAAUUGAUGUUUGCUCUUAAAACUGUUGGAAAGCAGGAUGAAGCCUGAGCCAGUGGAAAAGCUUGUUACAGAAAAUCAUUGUGUGUUAUUGCUGUGGUGUGCAUGGUUUGCAGAGAUUAAGUGCAUUUUCUCUGUCUAUAACUGAUUAUUGUAUAUAGGGGAUGUUAUAAAUAUACAUUUUUGUCAGCAUCAUGUAAAUCCCAUGAUUUCAACUGUAAACAUCUGUCCAAUGGUGUGGCUUUACAAACCAUUCACUGAUUUUGUGUAAUUUAACAGUAGAUAUGAAAUAAAGUUUAAAUUGCAGGCUCUGA